AUGCCUCCGAGAUAUGGCGUCCCCAGUGGAUAUGUCGGCGGAUACGCGAACAUACCUCGACGAGGUCAUGCUCCACUCGUUCAUGAAGACGCAAACAACCGUCUUGGAUGUUCUUCUAGAAGCAGAGACGUAAAGAACUGGGCAGUUACAAGGAAAUAUGCAAAGAAGAGUGGUGUGAGCUGUCGAAAUUACCGACUUCAGAGAAAUGGUCUUAUAGAAAAAAUGCGUCGAGUGAUGAUAUCUGCAAAAAUAAACAAAACCAUGGCUGAAUCUGGGCGGCAUUUCUCCAGCACCAGCAAUGUCUGUUGUUCACAUCAACAACUACAACGCAGUUAUGGGAAAGGAAGGAAGGAAGGACAAUAUCAAUAUUAA